AUGAAAUUCCCACGGAAGUUGAUUGCGAGAGAGUUCAAACUAAUAUUGAAUGAUCCAGCUCUCUUUGGCUGCACGUACCUCUUUUAUCUGAGCUCAAGUCCUAAGGCCAGCACUGAUGUCUUGCAAUGGCACAUAGGAAACGGGGCUGACUUGUCUAUUGCUGCCAAUAGAAAGCUCACACGAUUAAAGGGACUUACUUGUCUUCAUGCUCCGAUAGCCAGUCUUCAGCAACGUCGUCGACGGCGCAUAUUGGGGAGCUUUGACGUCGAAUUUCCAGACUUUAAUGUCCGAAUGCUGGAACGACUCUGGUCAAAAAUAGAUCGGUGUCAUUUCUACUGUGAUAAGAAUGAUUGGAUCAAUCAAAAAUUGCGGAACAUGCUAUUGGUUCAAAAUGAUGGUGAUCUGUUCGCGGUUUCAGAGUCAUAUUCCACGCUAACUGAUGUUGCACGUUUUACUGGAAACUUUGAUCUUUGGUUAGAAGCCUUGGCAGAAUGUGGUUUGGAUGUUAAACAAGUCCUGGCCGCGGACAAGAAGAUACAACGUAGCAAGCUUUUUGCUGUUACCGAAGACCUAGUGCACGAGCGAAGGACUCAAAGGGGUGAACUCCAACGACACUUUGAUGACAUUUCCAACUUAGGUGGCCAUAUCCCCGGGUCAAAUCGACAAACCCGCUACGCAUCCAACAUGACCACAAAAUCAGAACAACAGCAACGGAAAACGCGGCAAAAAGCCUGUAAUGCGUGCAUAAAAUCCAAGAGACGAUGCGAUUUGCAGCAUCCUUCCUGUCGGCGAUGUGUCAUCAAGGGCAUUGCAUGUGUCUAUUCUUCGACAAGGCUUCAUGAUCACGUCAGUGCUGCGAGUCCUGAUAGUAGUCCUGAUAGUAGUACUGGAAGUAGUAGCAAUACUACUACGAGCAUAGUCGGUGGUCAGCAACAUGCUAUCCCAGUAUACAACGAAAAUCAGCAGCCGCCGUUGCUUUUCCAUUACCAAGAUGAUGGACUACGACAAACCCUUUUCCAGUCUGACCAUUAUUUCUUGAACAACAGCAAUUAUAUUACUCAGCCGAUGCAGUUCUUCUUGUCACCCGGCACAUGGAUUGUGGCAGACAGUACUGCUUCUGACAGAGACCGCACUCAUCGAUCGGUGCAUCAACUUAAUAGUUCCGUGCAUCAGGUGCGGUGUUGGCUAAAGCAAUGGGUCGAAGAGGGGAGUAAUAUGUUUGUGCAUAAGAGACUUUAUUAUGCUCAUGAUAACAACUUCGGCAGCGAUGGAAGAGGAAGGUUGCAAAUGUCGAGAUGCAUACAAGAUGCCUAUACGACCUGCGCGGCUUAUUUUACGUGUACGUCGAGGAAUAAGCAGAUGGUGUUGGGAUUGGUAGAAGAAAGAGUUGCGACGUUGUUAGAAGAAAAGUGUGAUGAAGAAGACCGCGAUGUUUUUGGCAACACCAACGAAGUGUUUGACUUCUCAUCACCGUCACCGAGAUUAAGAAUAAUGAACAAUUCACGCUCGGAAGAAAAUCCAGCUAAACCCCGAAGUGUCCUCGACCAUCUUGCCCGCGUGCAGGCACUACUAAUAUAUCAGAUCAUUCGACUUUUUGACGGCGAUCCCCGAUCCAGAAUGAUGGCCGAGUCCUUAAUCCCGGUAUUAAGCCGAUGGUGUAAAAACAUGAUUGACAGCGCAUUACUUUCCAGCGAAUACGUACAUUCAGCUGCAACAAUCUCCAAUACAGCAAGUCAAGCCAACAUCGAAAAGAGAAUUACCUCAGACUGGAACGCGUGGAUUCUCGCUGAAAGUGUGCGUCGUACCUGGCUUGUUGCGGGGCACAUGCAAUGUUUCUAUCGACUACUGAGUUAUGGUAUCACCGUCUGUCCCGGUGGAGUAAUGUUCACGACUCGCGCAGGACUGUGGCAGGCUGAUUCGGCGUACGAAUGGUGGGCGAAAUGUAGGGAGAAGGAUGUUCUGUUCUGUCCUAGUUUAGAAUCGGGCAGGUAUCUGUUGCGGCCGGGGGUGGCAAGUCCGGAGGAUAUAGAUGAUUUUGGAAGGUUUGUGCUGCAGAUCAUCGAGGGAGAAGAGAGGGUUAAUAAAUGGCUAUCUGUUUCUUGA